ACCCGAAGCACAGCCUCUCCCUUCAGACCCAAAAGCUAACGAGCGUGAUAUUUCAGACGAUGAAGAACUUCACGACCUUGGCAUGGAAAUACAACAAUAUCUCACACAAGAGAGUGCUAGACCAAAUGGACCACCAAAAUGUAGCUGCCGACACCGGGAUUCAAGCAACCGAAGAAUCCCUUCAGCCUACAAGAGUCCACGAUACUGCACCAAGGCAACGCACAACUGCGGAUGAUAGAACUUCCAUGAUAAAACAUGACUCGCAACAAGUGAGCCUAAUGGUGCAACCAACUCAGGGCGAACGUCCAGAACUCAGUAGUGGGCCAGAGAAAUCCUUUUUUGCUGCUUUUGGCUCUCCCGCUGUUGGUGAUUUGCCAUUUACUCGAUCACAGACUGAGCCUCCAACCCGUAACUUAGCCGAAGCGCUGAAUUUACUCAACGUCAAAUCAGAAGAGAUCGAGCGGUUAGAGCGUGCGUUAGCGCAAGAACGAUCGAAAUUUACGAAAUUGCAGGGCGAGGUUGGUACAUUGAAGUCGAAGAACACGACAAUGGAGGACUCCAUAAUGCAAACAGACGAACACCAGGAACAAUCCUUAUCAGAAUCCAUGGACCUGACAUUUGCGCGCGCACAGUGGGACCUCGAGAAGAGUACAUGGGCGAAAGAACGCAGUACGUGGGAAAUGGAGCGUGCGGGUUGGGAUGCGAUACGUGCUGCAUGGGACGUUGAGCGCGAGAAACUGAAGUCGGAACAUACUGAGCUGACUACGUCGGUUGCUACGCUCACGUCGUCAGCUGAUUCCCUAAAUGAUGCAAGAGCGUCAGCAGAGAAAGACCGUGAUUUCUUCCGUGAGCAGUACUCGCAGGCUUCAGGCUAUGUGAGCUCUGUACGUGCUGAAAAUGCGGAACUCGAGAGGAGAGCUACGAUUGCAGAAGGCCAGGCACGGGAUGGUAUAGCGAUGUAUAAAGGUCUAUUCGAGACUCAAAUAAAGACGCUCAAAGGUGACGUAAGUCGAUGGAAGGGUAUUGCUGAGCUACUGCAAGAGAAGGAUCAACGAACGAAUGACGAAAUAAGGAGGCGCGCGGGAGAAGAACCUGAACUGCGAGAACAAUGCGAACGGCUUCAAGGGCAUCUAGAGGCAUUUGAAGGGGCGUACCGAAGGUUGAGCGGAGCGCACCGGCAGGGAAGAUUGGCGCGCCAUAAGCUUGACAAGAAAGUGAUGAGGCUCCGGAAAGAAAAAGCCGUGCUUCAAAUCCAAUUGGAAAAUAUGGGCAAUGCUAUUAAGAAAGGCUUGGCGAGGUCCCUCGAGGAGGACUUCACGACAAUGGCCGAUGCCAGCCUUCGGGAAGACGAAGACGAGGACAUGUACACUUGCAUGUGGCGCAUUGACGGGGGUGUGGAGCAAUGUCCAGAAAGUUUUGACUGUAUAAAGGACAUGGAAGGACAUAUGGUAUUGGCUGGUCACAUCCAAGGACCUUCAGAAUAACCCCAGUGAUGUAUAAUUCUGCUUUCUGCUGUUGUAUCUAUCAUCCGGCUACUCUCGUAGAGUGUUUUUGCUUUAGUAUAAGUAGUGUAUUUUACGAAACUGAGGAUUGGUACUAUCUCCUUUGGCAUGUGGUUUCCAAUUGGGUUUAUGUAUGUGGCACUGAAAGCCAGUCUCGGAACUAAUGAACCUGUUUCUGUCGGU